AAUGGACGGCCGGAAACUGGAACUGGUGGACUGGCGUUUGUUGUGCGGAGGUACAGCGUUGUGCUGUCACACACAGAAGGCAUGUUACACUUAUGGGACAGAACAUCCUGAACAAGUUUCUGACAAUCCAGAACAAAAACCAAAGUCCGCGGCAAUCAUUUCCUCCGUCCCACGGAUUAUCGCAGCCCCUGUCACGAAUGGUGCACUAUCGUGCUCUGCCAAAAACGAGCGUCAUCUUGUAUGUAGUGAAGCCAAACGUGACUGAACACGCCGCUAUAAAAACAGACGACAAGUUGCAGACGACAGCAACAGCAGCUUCCGUUCCAGAGAAGUCACCAGAAGUGGACGACUGACGUCAUCUACGUAUUAUCAAGACAUGGCUACAGUGUUGCGUUAUCUCGGCCUGGUCCUCUGCACCCUGGCCUUUAUUGUCCAGCUUCUGGAUGCGAGUUCGACUGGAAGCUGCUCCGGUCGGUGUAACGUCAGCCUGGACAAAAGCCAAGGCUGUCAAUGUAACUCCGCGUGUCAGCGGUACGGAGACUGCUGCUCCGACUACAACUCUCUUUGUUUGGGAGACCCCACAGGCAGCCGCGGCAGUUGUAAGACCAUAGGACAGGUGAGCGAGGAGCUGUGGACCAAGGACGUGAACAGACUAGAAGGCUCGGACCUCACGUUCAACAUCCAGACCAAAGUCCCUGACAAGACCAGGGAUGACCAUGCCAGAAACCCCCUUUUCUCCCAUGUGAACGAAGCCAAACUGACCGGAGAGACAUUCAAAACCUUCCUGGCUCUACGCGACAACUACAACCCCAACAAGUACACAGCAGAGGAUGUGACGGCACAGGAAAAGAGGGAAGAGGAAGCUUUCUUGGACGCCAUCAUGAAAACGUCCGUGAUGAAAACUCUGCAGGACUACUUGAUCUGCACAGGCGACGUCAGCAGCCAGGCUGACCUAAGGUCUCGGCUCAUCAAGAUGUGGUUUGACGUUUACCCCAGGAGCGGAACCAGAACAGAGAAAGACACCAGCGGGUUUGAACACAUCAUGAUCG